UAAGCGCGCAGUUCAGCCAUAGUAAACAAAACGCGACGUUCGGUUCGCAGCGCAUUUUUAAUGCAAUAAAAGCGAAAGGCGAUCCGCGAUCACGCAACUGCCGUUGAAUUACCUUCGGCGGUAUUAAUUGCGCGGUUCCGCGCUACCUCUCGCAGCCCGGAUCCUUUCCGAGUGCGUUUUUGUGCCGCAGUGUGGAAGGAAAAGCCUGCGUAGCAAACAAACCGGUCGGGGCUCUCGUACAUACAUUGUAUAUACACAAUACACACAGACAAGUUCAGACGCGUACAUGGCCGAGGAAAAAGCGUCGCAGUGCGUUUUGUGUGGCAAAUUAAUUGCGCCGAGGGCUUCGAAAAACGGUGUUUGUCCGCCGCACUCAUAAUUCCUGGCGUCCAUAUGCGAAUGCUGCCCGCCCUCUGCCGAGCCUCUGCCGCGGGGGUGAGGGUGCGUCCAUGCGAGCCUGCAUCUGCGUGCGCGCGAGUGUGAGUACGAGUGCGAAGGUGGUGGGCGAGCCAAAACUGCGCGUAUUGUGAAUCGCCGUGCGAGCACACACAAACAAAGCCGCCCGCCCACAGAAACCCCUCCCGCCAGCGACCUCGGGUGUUCCACUUUCGACUGUCCUGGUUUUCCUGCAGCGCAGCUCCUUUGCGGGCGUGUUCCUCGCCUCUUCCAGUUCCUGCGGAGCGGAGUCGCCGAUCGAAGGUCCUCGGGCCAGGACACUUGCAGCAUGCCCGGGCGCCAGAGCUGCGACAGAAGCUUUUCGCUCGACUUCCCGAUGCGUCACGGGCAUUCAUCGCUGGCUUAGUUGCGCUAGCCCAGGACUGGACAGCGCCCAGAUGUCGUCGAGCAACGGCUUUAGCAGUGCCACUAAUGGGCGCAGCGGCAGCACCGGCAGCGCUAACAUCAACCUUAAUCUCAAGGGGCAGGAAAGAUCUGUGGGAGCCACACUUGGGGCUGGUGCCUCAGGUGCCACAACUACUUCAAUUACACACAAAACACUGCCGGAUCUGAAGACACAGAGGAGUAAUAGCGCUUGUCCCGCCCACGAGUCGCUAUCUGCCCUUCGUCGCAUCACCCUGCCGGAAAAACCGCCAGAGAAGCAGCUCAGCUAUGGAGCGGCCCAAAGCCGGGUUUUGAGCAAAGAGGCUAAGGAGGAACACCUGGUCUACUGUGGGGGCCGCCUACUCUCGGGUCCGCUGCAAACGCUCAUUUCCCACAUGGUACCCACGCACGAGUACUAUCCGGAUGACGGCUUUGUUUUCGCUUUCCUCCUCAGCGCCAGGCUCUUUGUGCGUCCCCACGAGCUACUGGCGCAGAUUUCGCAGACUUGGGAGCAGCAGCAGAAGGAUGUUGGCGCCGGCGGUGACGUGGUGGACGAUGCCGGACAAGCGCCUGGACGCCCCAUGCAACUCAGCAUCAACUCCGCCUCGCCUCUGACGCAGCGCAAGGGGUCUGCGGGGGCGGCCGCUCCUACGACGGAGCUGGAGCCGCGUCUCCAGCAGCGGACAAGCACGCAGCGCUCUGCCCAACACUGCAUCAGACUUCUGUCGGAAUGGAUCGAGAUUUUCCCUUACGAUUUUAGAGAUGAGCGGUUGAUGCAGCAGGUGCGCAUUCUAGCAAGGAAGUGCGUCUACAUUGACAAUUCGCUGGGUAAGCAAGUGUCGCGAAUUCUGCAGUUGCUUGUAUCCCGGCUGACUUCGCUAGAGCAGUAUGAGGAGUUUCUGCAGACACUUAGCUCUGAAGAGGCACAGAGUCAGCAGCAGCACCAUCACCACGGACAUCAUCAUCAUUUGCACAAUGCCUUCCAGACUUUUCUGGGUACCUCUUCAAAUGCCAAUGGGGCCAGUGGCGGCGGUUCGGCCAGCGGCACAUCCAAUUCCUCCUCCAGCGGCCACACAUCCUCUGCCUCCACAACCAACUCGAUCUCCACAACUCCUCAGCCCGACGAAGUGUUUGGCAUCAUGGACAUGUGUCCGAGCUGUGCACAUUUGGCCCACCAGCUGACAGCCAUCGAGUUGGAACGCUUGUCACACAUUGGGCCCGAAGAAUUCGUUCAGGCCUUUGCAAAGGAUUACCAGCAGCAAGCCAAGGACGGAAGCAAGGAGGGCAACAAAGGCAAGUGCAGUGGUACCGGUUCGUUGAACGAUAUGAAGAAAACACGUAACCUGGAGUCUUAUGUACAAUGGUUCAAUCGGCUCAGCUACUUGACGGCCAGCGAGAUUGUCAAGUAUCCUAAGAAGAAGCAACGUGUGCGCAUCAUAGAGUAUUGGAUUGAGACAGCCCGCGAGUGCUUCAAUAUUGGCAACUUUAAUAGUCUGAUGGCCAUAAUAGCUGGUCUAAAUCUGGCGCCCAUAGGCAGACUUAAAAAGACGUGGGCAAAGGUGCAAUCGGCCAAGUUCUCCGUGCUGGAACAUCAAAUGGAUCCAACAUCGAACUUUAACAGCUAUCGCUCUACUCUCAAAGCUGCGAUGUGGCGCUCAGAGGGCGCUACUGAGGAACGCGAACGCAUAAUCAUUCCAUUCUUUAGUUUAUUUGUUAAGGACUUGUACUUUUUAAACGAGGGAUGUUCCAACCGGCUGCCGAACAAUCAUAUCAAUUUCGAAAAGUGCUCCCAGCUGGCCAAACAAGUGAUGGAGUUCAACGAGUGGAAGAAAGUUAAAUGUCCUUUCGAGCAGCUUCCUAACGUCAUAGCCUAUCUUCAACACAGCGCCGUGCUUAAUGAGAACACUCUUUCCAUUGCAUCUUUCGAGUGUGAGCCACCGGAGAACACGGAGGAGAAAGACCGCUACAAGACCGUAAAAGCUGAGACGAAGCAACAACUGCUACAGCAGCUGCAAGAGCAGCAACAAUAGUCGCAGUAACCACUUUGUAGAGGGUAGACUAAGCUACGCUUAAGCGCUUGCCAUGAUUAUUUUUCUAUUAGAGCCGUAAGAUCGGGGAUAUUAAGUUGAUGCGAACGAUAAGUACAGAGGGGAGCCAAGCCUCAACCCCUAAUUAGCCCCUUCAUGGAAAAGAACAGCUUGUGAAGCUAAAUUCUUUGUAUAAUUAUUUACUCUCCUUAUCUUUGUGUUCCUGCCCCAAAAGUUAAAUGACUGGCUUCAGCGUGUCUUUUAGAGAGACAACUCCGAAACGUUGGCAGUAAUUUUAUUUAGGCAACUAGACGAUUAGGAGCAUGGAAACAACGAACCAAUGUACUUAAAGCCCUUUAUGGCUAACAGCUAACGCAACUAAUUUAGUUGUUAGCGUGGAAUUUUUGGUAAAGCACGAAUCGUUUAUGAUCCCAUAGUUAUGAUGAAAACCAUCUGACAAAGCUGCAUAAGUGCGCUAUAUUCGUACGUGACCAGUAUUUAUAUUUAUGUAUACAAUUUUAUAGCUAAAUGAAAUCUUUUUGAUAUUUCGUAAAGAUUACAUCCGGGUAUGAUCCAACGGAUUACACAAUUAUUCUGUCUCGAGGCUUUUCUGCAUGAGCAAAAUGUAUUGGCAAUUAUCAGUCGCUGCGCAUUACCACUUUUCUAUAAUUAAGAAAACAAACAAAAUAAGAUGUAAGAAAAGCAGCAAAGAAAAGUACUCUUUGUGGUAAAACGAUGCUUUUACUGGAUAAGAAUUAGAUUUUUAACAAUGCAAUCGCAAGAUUAAGUAAUAUUGUCGAUGAAAUCAUAAAUGAUAUUAACCAUAAAGGGACUAAACAGAACAUAAAUAAUUAAAGCAGCUUUCGAAUAAAGGAUAUGAAAAAUUCUCGUAACAAAAUGGUGUAAUAUUU